AUGAAAUAUGAUAAAAAUGAAAUUAUUCAACUUGACUAUUUGGAAAAAUAAAAAUAAUAUCAAGAAUUAGAUUUAAAUUAUAAUAUAAUAAGAUAAUUUAAUACUUAAUUAUUUGUUAUAUAAAAUCUAAUUAAUUGUUUAAAAAUAAAUAGAUUAUUGAUUGAAGAAUUUCUAAAAUAUUUAAAAUUGUUAAAAUUGCUUGUAUGA